AUGUCGGAAAUAAUUGCCGACAAUAGGAAUGUAUCAGGUGAAGUUAAAGCUGGAAAUAUGUUGGCCAUAAUGGGAGCCAGUGGCUCCGGAAAGACAACUCUAUUGAAUGUAUUGACGGCAAGGAAUUUAUCGCAACUGUCCGUCAAUGGAGUGGUACUCAUGAAUGGACAGACAGUCAGUCAACAGACCGUUGCAUCCAUUUCCUCGUAUAUACAACAACACGAUUUGUUUCAACCAUUGCUUACAGUCAGAGAACACCUAUUAUUUCAAUUUAAUUUAACGAAAUGUGCGGAAACGAGGAUUGGAGACAACAAGCGAUUGAAAGGCAUUUCCGGCGGAGAAAUCAAAAGACUGUCCAUUGCUUCAGAAGUUAUGACAAACCCUUCGCUAAUUGAUGAGCCGACCACUGGUUUGGACUCAUUUAUGGCCAAAAGUAUAGUACAAGUGCUGAAGACUAUGGCAUCGGAGGGACGGACUGUCAUCUGUACUAUACAUCAGCCCUCNACUAUGGCAUCGGAGGGACGGACUGUCAUCUGUACUAUACAUCAGCCCUCGUCUCCAGUCUUUCAACUCUUCGACAGUCUAUUACUUAUGGCCGACGGAAGGGUAGCUUUCAUGGGGUCCAUCGGUGAGGCCAAGAAUUUCUUUGCAUCGCAAGGAUUGAUUUGUCCGAAAAGCUAUAAUCCGUCCGAUUUUUAUAUAAAGGAAUUGGCGAUAACAGAUGCCAAUUACACCCAGGACAAACACAAAGUCAAUAAAAUUUGUGACAAUUACCUCGAAUCGAGUUAUUCUAAGCUAACUAUCCAUACAAAUGACAACAACUUUCAAGAAAUAAAAGCAAUUAAUAUCUCGACUCUGGGGUCGGGCUAUAGGGCUGGCUAUUGGCGACAAUUGUUGACACUAUUGUGGCGCUCUUUUGUAGGCCAGGUUAUAGUAUUGCUGACUAGUCGUAUGUCUAAGUGGGGAACAUCGUGUCCUGACACGAUGUUCCCCACUGAGACUGGAAGCAUGUAG